CGCGCCAUCCGGAGGAGGCUGCAUCUCCAUGAGCGAGUUGGCGGCCGUUGCAAUCACAGCUUGCAACAUCACGGGAAACCAGGGCGGCAACGAGGGCGGCGCCAUCAGAGCCACGGGGCAGACACGACUCUCCAUCACGGGCUCGCUGCUGUCCAACAACAGUGCCAUGGACGGUGGCGCGCUCUGGUCUGAGAUGGGCUCCAAGGUGCACGUCUCCUCGUCGGUCAUCUCCCACAACGCCGCCACCAUCCAGGGCGGCGCCUUCUACUGCAUCCAGAACGCGCGCCUCACCCUGCUCGCCUGCUCCUUCCAAGCCAACACUGCUGCCAGGGGCGGGGCCAUCCUGGCCGAGGGGGGUGUGAAGAUAACCGUCUCAGGGGGGCCGGGUGAGGGCACAGGAGCAGGAGCAGCUGAGGGAGGCUCAUCUGCAGGAGCUUGGCCUGUCGGGGCUUCGGUGUUUGAAGGGAACUCGCAGCAUGCCGUUGUGCUGCAGGGUCAGGCGGUGGGGUCCUUCCUCGGAUCGGUGCUUUUCCGGGGGAAUGCAGGCGGGAAGACGAUGGAUGUGAGGGACGGGGGGGCGAUCUUUGCCACGGAUUCGACGGCUGUGAGUGGCGCGAUCUUCUGUGAUGCUGACAGCACGCUGGUUGUCAGCUCCCAGGUCAAUGUCACUGCGCUCGCUGCUGCUGCGGGUGCUGAUGCUGCUGCCGAUGCAGUUGUUGCUGCUUCUGAUGCUGUUGCUACAGCCACAGCUACAUCUGCUGCUACAGCUGCACCUGCUGCUGCUGCUACAGCCGCAGCCACAACUGCAGCAGCCACAGCCGAAGUACCACACUUCACAAAGAAUCAGGCGCAGGAGGGAGGAGGGGCAAUCUUUGGCGGCAACACAUCCCUGCAGAUCUCCGAUUCGAUUUUCGAGUCGAACCGGGCGGCAACAGGGACAGGUGGCGCGAUCCUGGUGCUCGACUACGCGCACGGGCAGCUGAAGGAUUGCGCCUUCCGAAGCAACGAGGCAGGCUCGGAUGGAUCCGCUGUGUAUCUGGACCGGGGAGGCAUGGGAGGAGGUUCAAGUGGAGAAGGGGCGGUGGGGGCAGUGGUGUUGGUGUCUGAUAUUGCAGGGUUGUUGCAGGUGGGAAACAGGGCUGGGGUGAGUCAAGCCGGGUCCAGCAACCUUGGUGCUAAUGGCAAUGCCACUGCUGCUGGUGCUGGCGCCGGCAGCGGUAGCAGCGGUGACGACACCAGCACCAGCAGCGGUGGAGGUGCAGGUGGUGCAGGAGGGGCAGGAAACGGGGGGAUCGUGAUGGCAGCAGGAGGGCUGGGGUCGGCGUUCCUCGAUGCUACGUCAGGCCAGAACGACUCGGAUGCAGCUGCAGCUGACACCAUCUUCCAGGUCAAAGGCGACCGUGCCAACCCAGUGACCAACCUCCACGUCACCAUUCUCGAUGCCGCCGGGCUCGUGGCGGUCAAUGACUUCCGAGCCAAAGCCUCCAUCCUGCCUUCACCAGCCAUCAGCGGGCUCCUACAGGCAACCUCGGUCAACGGCCGCGCCACCAUCCCCCCCGUCACCAUCGUCGAGCCGCCGGAAUCGGGGAACCUCUCGCUCACUCUCUCUGUUUCCUCUUCGCUAGAUGCUUUUCCGCCGAUCUCACGGACGGUCGAGAUCGCUUUCUGCCCGCCCGGGCAGUUCUACACCCGCCGAACAUGGCCUGCGCGGUCUGCCCGGUCGGCAGCUGGUGCGGGUCCGGGCGGGGCGCGGAGUUCUGCCCGGCGGGCAGCUAUAGUUUUUUCCCGGGCGCAACGUCGCUGUCGGAUUGUUUAACCUGCCCGACGACGAGUGACGUGCUGAAAGACACAGUGGCGGUGACGUGUGAGAGUGGCAAGAUGCAGGUUGAGGAAGGGUUUUGGCUUGACUUUAACAGUAUCACUGCAGGCAGCCCUGCAGUGUACGCGUGUGACGUGCUGGAUGGCUGUGCGGGGCUGGUGUACUCUCCCCUCCCCGCCGGACAGACCUCGAACUCCACCCAACAGCCCGCCUCUCAGUCAACUCAGUCAACUUCUCAGUCGGAUUCUCAGUCGACGGCACUGCAGCAGCCGCAGUGCAAGGCGGGGUACAGCGAGAACCGCCUCUGCUCCAGCUGCGCGCCCGGCUACUACUCCGUGCUCAAGUUGUGCUACGAGUGCUCGGCGUCCUUC